AUGAAGCGCGGUUUAGAGGAAGGCAACUCUGGCACCGAGAUGAGCCAGAUGCCCCAACCCGAAAAGCCCGAGACGCAAGCCGUGCUGCCUUACAUCCAUGAGUUCGACGAAGUGCAGAAGGAGCUGCUCGACAUCGACGAGGAGUGUGCGAAUCGUCAGAUCGAAAUUCAGCGCGAGUACGAUCGGAAGAAGCAACCGCACUUCCGGAGGCGCCAGGCAUGUGGGAUCAUCAAUAAGAUUCCUGGAUUCUGGGCAAGGGCCAUCCUACACCACCCUGCGCUCAGCUACCUCACUACGGCCGACACGCCCUUACUCGAGCUGCUGGAGAAGGUGGACUUGGAAGACAAUAUCGACAACAAUGGCUCCUACAAAGUCACGCUGACGUUCGGCGAGGACGCACGCGAGUACAUGGAACCGCUAGUGCUCACCAAGCACAUUAGGUUUUCGAAUAACAAGGAAGACGUUGUGGAGUGCACGGAGAUUCAUUGGAGACCAGGCAUGAGCCCUAUCGAUGUCGCAGUGAAAGCACGAUCUGACGAACGGUGCAUCGACUGGUCGCUGUUCGAAUGGUUUACCAAGGACGAGUGGGUAAAUAGACCUGAUUUCGGUGAGAUACUGCGCCGUGAGCUAUGGCACGCUCCGCUCGCAUACUACUUGGACACAGUAUCGGUGGACUUUGUCGACGACGAGUACGACAUGCUCGACGAAGAUGACGAUUGA